ACAUACCCUCUCCCUCCCCUCCCCUCGCCUCCGACCUCCUCUCCUCAUACCCACUUCCCAACAUGUCGUGGCGCGGCUUCCAAAAGGUAGUGAACCGAGCGGGUACGGGAAUUAUGAUGAAGACGGGUCAGGUGGAGCGGACAGUGGACAGUGAAUUCUCAGAUGAGGAGAGCAAGUACAGGGCACUGGAAAAGGAGUGUGGAGUUUUGCAAAAGGAGGCAAAGGCUUACUUGGACGCAAUGAGGAGUCUGGCAUCAUCACAAGCUCGCAUGGCAGAAGCCAUCGACGGCAUGUUUGGCAACGACUCAUCAGACGGAGCCAUGGCCGUAGGCGCCUACAGGAGAGCUGUGGAGGAGCUCGAUGCAAAGACUGCAAGGGAACUCGAUGCGCCGUACAGGGCGACUGUGCUGGAGCCCAUCGGUAAGCUGGUUAGCUAUUUCCCAGAGAUUAACAAGAACAUCGACAAGAGGAACAAGAAGCUCCUGGACUACGACGCAGCGCGUUCGAAGCACCGCAAACUCAUCGACAAGCCCUCGGACGACCCAAUGAAGCUUCCCAGGGCAGAAAAGGAGCUCGAGGACUCCAAGCUCCUCUUCGAAUCCCUCAAUGGCCAGCUUCUUGAAGAACUCCCUAUGCUCGUCGAUUUGCGCAUCCCGUACCUCGACCCGAGCUUCGAGGCGAUGAUUCGCAUGCAGGCUAGAUUCGCCGAAGAGGGGUACGAGAAGAUGGGAGGAGUGCAGAGGUUCUUUGCUGAGGGGGUGAGGGAGGAAUAUGCGGAUGGACAGCUGGAUGCGCAGGUCGAGGGGGUGUUGCAGGAGAUGAAGGAGAUGAGCAUUUGUGGACUGGCAGUUUGAGCAGCAUACCAGCUGCUGUAGUGGUAUGGGAGAGGAGAUAGUUUGGCGGAGCCCCGACGACGCUAUGAGAAGUCGCAGACGCGAAGACGAAGGCGGUCAAAGCUGCCUCGGGACACUGUAUCUUGCCUGCCACCCCAUUUCUCCUUUAUCCCACCUCACACGCUGCCAUCGAUUCCUCUAAUGCAACCUCAAAAAGCUACGACUUUGACGAGUGCAGGAUGGUAGGACACUUAGAGCGAAUGUGAUUAGCGAAUGCUGAAUGAUCUAACGUACGUACACCAGGAUGGUUGGGGUUCGAGAGUAAAGACAAGGGUAAUCCAAGGGGGGUGGAAUCGCAGGAGAGCGCCAAGGAGGAGGGAAGGUGGAGGUAACAGUAGAAAGAGGAUGUCAAGGCAGCCAGAGAAAGGCCGCUCGCCUGACUAUUACCAAGGAAAGCCUUUCUGCUGAGCCAAGCUUCGCCUCUUCCUCCUCCUCCU